CAAAUGUUUCGUUUUAGAGCAAGAUUAGGUCAUCAACGUAAAAGUGAUCGCUAGUAUGCGCUUCCAAUCAAAGGAUCUGUCUGCUGAAUCAUCGCUACGCUAAGUGCAAAUUUGCGUGACUUCUCGCUUUUGUAAUUUGUAUUCUCGAUGUCGCAGUGGUUAUAUGUUAGAGUUACGUCCGAGGACACAGUAAUAUAGAUUUCUUGUAGAAUGAAAGUUCUUUGUCCGAACGAAUCAAAACGACAAAGUUGAAAACUUCAUAAGCGAUAAUUUAAGUGUUGAAAAAAAUAAAGGGGUAUGCUGGAUAAAAACGAAGGCUACGUUAACCUACACUGGGCUGAUGCUAUCCUGCUUAUGCAACCGCCUCUUGUCACUUCAAGUCUCUUGAGCUUCGCCCCCCUCAGCGACUUUCCGUCAUUUCUGGUGACAGAAACUCCCAAAAUCAAUUAAGCUGGAAGCGCUUAUUUUAUUCAUGUGUUCUCCAGGGACGUAGAAGCUUGCAACAAAGAAAAGAAAGCGACGCGGACCGCACAAAUAGACGCAGGUCUCGUUUGUCAAGCGUUUGGGAUUUACAGUCUUCCUUGCGGAGUGAAUUUGGAAUCGAAGAUAACGUAGUUUACAGGUAAUACACUAAGCAGUAUUAUUGAGCUACGCAAUACAAUUAACACCCAGGUAUUGCAAACAUUUCGAUAUUUUGCCUAGAGAUUUCGCCAGAUCCUUUCCCUCUCUAACUUCCCCAGUCCCAUCCGUUGUAGGUUGCCAGCUAAGCUAAAUAGGCGUCAAGAAAGGUUGCUUUGAUCUCAACUAUUCCAACUAGCUAGUAACUGGAACGUCGGAUCUUGUUUGUGCUGUGUGGAGCCGUCAUGAUCCGAAUCUGAUCAACCUCUGGCUUGGCAACCUGACUUCUGGUAAUUGACUUCGCUUCUAUUUUGAGUAAUCGUGACCUGACUUCUUGUAAGACGGGUCGGCAUGUAUUGGACGUCAAGGGCCAUUCAGACCCUUCCAAACAAUUAUGUCCCCCAUCAGUAUCAAUAAAUAACGAAGAGGGGAAGGGAAACCCUCAAAAUGACGCAUUAACAUACAUCGCUUACGUGCGCUUUUUCCAAUAAACGCGUCUCACUGGUGUGACUAUCUUGUUUGUUUGUUGUUUUUUUUCAGCGGUGUUGUUUUCGCAGGGAGGAUGCCCAGAGAUGAUACUGCGCAAACUGUUCAGCUUGAAUCGGUGAGCUGUUUUUGAAGCACUGAUUCCAGAAGAGUAGACAUAUUGCCACUGAGAUGAUUAAGUUACAACAUGAAUGUCGUUACCAAAGUUUAGAUUGCGGGCAAUAUGAUUUUUCAACAAGCGCUCCAAGUUAGAUGGUUUUGCUAACUAAGCGAUCUUUUGUAACUAGGUUGCAGAGGAAGAAACGGAAGAAUUAGACAGGUUUGAGAAACUGUGGUCAAGGUUGGAGACCGAGUUUGCCUUGCGAGAGAGAGUCCAUUACGUCGUUUUCGACAUAAUAUCAGACGCUGAAAAAGUUUUGGAUCACCAAGAGAGGCAGGAAACCUACAGGAAAAUUCCCGAUUACGUCCAGGGAAUUGUAAACGCAGCUCAGGCCAUCUUGGCCAAUGAACAGACAAGCGAUGGCGACGUAAAAGCAAAGGUGCGGAAAUACAUACUUGAGGUGAUUGAUGGUGCAUCUCUCGCUUUUGAUGACUCUGGACUGUUGCUGUAUUCAGACGCGGGAAUAAGGCGUAAGGCUCGAGAGUUCGUGACUAACGCCAUUGACAAGGCUAGAGAGUAUGUUACCAUUCGCAAGACUGCCAAAGAAGUUGUAGCGGCUGCUACUAACAGCGCUGCUCAAAAAGCCACUCAGGAAGCUUCUAAAGAUCUUUCGGAAUGUGCAGAAAACGUCCUAGCGGCUGCUAUUAUAUCAGCAACGCGGCACAACAAAGACAAUCGUGAAAUGAUUGCCGCGAAAUCUCUCGCAGUUGAUGCUGUGAAUGCAGCGAAAGCAUCGUUAGAACGGUUAUACGGCGUAAAGUUUGAACUCGUCGCCGGUAAGCAAAUGGAGUCUUAUGCAAUCCGAUCGGCAAGCCUGGAUAAGUGUGCGAAAGAAGUUGCAGCUACGGCUAUUAUUUCUGCUACAAGAUCAUUGGAAAGAGUCAUCGGUAGGCAUGGGUACGAUGUGAUAGCAGCGCGAAUACUAGCGGCUGACGCAGUUGCAGCCGCAAAAGCUUCCCUCGAGAGGUUGUAUGGCGUAAACGUUGAGAAGGUAGACGAAGAUCAGGAUCAUCCCGAGGCAGUUUGUAAAUGCCUGGUGAAGUCAGUAAAAGAACUCGCCAAAGCUGUUAUCAGUCCUUCUGCGCGAUUACCACAGGAAUCCACUAGAAAGGAUGAUUUUGAAAGUUUGACAGCGCAGUGGCUUGCAAAUGAUGCCAUACGAGCGGCACCGGAGUCUUUGGAGAACUUGUAUGUAACAAAAGUUGAAAAGGAUCGCAACGACGAAGCUGUGAGGGAAAUUGCGGCCGCUGCAGUUAUGUCAGCUGCACGUUCUUUGGAAAAAGACUCUGAUCGUAAUCUGGCAAUAGCAGCACAGGGAUUGGCUAGCAACGCAUUGGAUUCCGCAAAGGCAUCUGUCGGUUGGAUUUACAGGACAAAAGUUGCACCAGAAACCGAAAUUGAAGGAAAGGCCGACCAAAUUUUCCGAGGACUGGAUGAAGUUGCAAAAGACAUUGCAGAAGCUGCUGUAAAUUCGGCAACACAAUCCCUGGAGCAUAUCGUGGAGAAAAACGAAUGGGAUGUGACAGCAACAACCCGCAAGCUAGCGAACGAUGUAAUUAACUCUGCAAAGGCAUCAUUGGAGAGGUUGUACGGAAUCAUGAGUGAACCAGAAGAGGGACCAACAUUGACAUCACCAGAAACAUCGGAGAGCUCCUUGGAAGAUCCAUUAUCUUCUUCAAACGAAUCGUUGGAAAGUGUUAAUGGACACGAACACGACUUGUGGAUAGCUGCACAAAGUCUUGCUAAGGAUGCUCUGAAAUCAGCAUCAACAUCAUUGGAACGCCUGUACAGUAUGGCAAAUCAGAUGGAAGAUAACAUCAAGCACACUGCCUUGGACAUUUCUAAAACCCUGAUGGACUCUUCUGGAAACCUUCGGCAAAAACUUGAGAAGGAAGGACUUGUAGUUGCAGCUCGGGAUCUUGCAUGCAAUGCAAUUGCGUCGGCCGCCAAAGCCUUUCCAAAACUGCAUGAGGACGAGAUGUCGUUACAGGACAUUGCUGGUACUGAUGCAAGCCUGCUGAAUGCUGCAGAGAAAGUGUCUACAGUGUCUGUUCGAGCUUCUUUAGGGGAGCUCUUUGAUCGUGGUUUCAUUGGCGGUCUGGAGUUGGACGAGGCCACAAACUAUUUGGCGACCCAUGCAAUGAUAUCUGCUGAAAACCUGAUUGACACAUUACAAGGAGACACCGGGACGCUGGAUCUAGAUUUGGAGAUUUACAAGGCCGCAACUGAGCUGUCAUCGAGUGUGGGUGUAUCGGCCGACGGGGUAGUGGCUGGUUCGGCCGAUGAACACCAUCAGACUCGAUCAACGGACCGUGACCUUAAUCCCGGCACCUUGUAUUGGAAGGUUACUACUUAUAUUGAAGACCUCAUCAACGGUGCAUUGAGACAUCUUGGGGCAGAGGGGUACUACGUCGAGGUCAUUGACGGUCGAGACCAAUAUGAAGUCCUUACGCAUGAUCAGGCUCGCUCAGCCGAUCUGGAAUACAGCACAAAUGUUAACGAUAGUCGCCAGCGAGAAAUCCUAGUAUUAAGAGCUUCAAGAAUCGUCAGCAAUGUAGUGGAAAACGCCAUGGACAUUGUAAAGACACGGAUGGCUAGUGAGGCGUGUUUUGUUGAUCAAUCCAUUGCUGGUGGCAGUCCACGUAAUGCCCGAUUCACUCGCCGAAGAAGCCGUUCCGUGCACUUCAGCAACAAGACAAUUUUCCGUCCUCGCCGGGACAGCUAUGUUCCACGUGAAACAGACUUCUUGAGUACAGCGAAUAGGCCUCCAACUCCACGUUUUCGAAAGGGUCGUGCUGACUCUGUUGCCACACAAGAAAACCAAGAACUCGAGAAAGAAUUGGAGAUUCCAUCGGCAACCGACUUAAUCAUUGCUAAUACCUCUGAAAGUGGUCUUGUUCGACGUCGUUCAUCCGACCCUGGGCCAGAAUGUCACUCCGAAGAUGUCACAUCUUGCCAACCAGAGCGCUCGGCAUCCGAUUCAAACAUCGACAUCAACGAACAAGGGACCUCUUUAAACAAAAAAGUGUCUGUGUAUGAUAUCAUUAAGAGACGAGAAGAGAUAGCCAGCUGCGAGAUCUCCCCUUGCGAUUCGUAUGUUGUCCUUCCACAGUUAAACCCAUCAGAGCGUUUCCUCAUCGCAGCCCGAGUCGAGUCGUAUGAGGUUUUGUGGAAACAGAAGAGGGCAACUCCGUCGGUGACAAGUCUUCCAUCCUUGUCCCCUAAAGGCUCAUUCGUCGCCAGCGAAAGUGUUGAAGAAGAUUACCCCCGUAAAGAAUCAAAGAAUCUCCUAGUGCAGUCAUCAUCUCGUUUGCCAGAAAUAAGUAGCUCUGCUUCCAAAAUCUAUGGCAGCUCGUUAAGUGUAAGCUCACUAAAAGGCACAUCAAUACAUCCAAAACGGACCUCAUCACCGCAGCUCAAGAAAUCGCCUAAGGCGCCUCCUAAGACUUCAAAGGAGUCCGGCAAACUGUCUGCGAAGCCAUCCACAGAAAAAACCUUGCAGCCCCCCCGUCCCUCAGUGGGUAAAGUAAGAACGACUUCUAAUACCUCACUGGGUAAAAAGGAAGGCCGUUCCCGACAUACUUCUUUGGAUAACGUUACGGCGGUUGCUCCGAAAGCUUCAACGUCUUUACAUCGUGCUUCAAACACAAAGGUGAUUCUCUCUCCAGGUGGCUCACUGACGAAAGCAAAUUUGUCUACGCGUAAGUCUACAGAUAGAGCAACACUGCCCAAGGCCACACCAUCUUCAAACCAAUCGUCACAUCAAAGUUCUAAACUGGUCGCAGGUGUUUCUACAGAGAAAAAGGUACCCUCGUCGCGCGCGUCUUUAGAAAAAGGGAAAGCGUCUCCGAGAGUGUCGUUGGAGAAGGUGGCGCUGACUCCAUGUGAAUCGACAGAGAAGGCAGCUCUAUCUCCUCCAAUUUCAAGCCCUAUAAUUACAUCUUCACCCCGUACCUCGAGCGAAAGGGCAGUUGUCUCCUCAAAGAAAUCGAAGGAGGUCUUACUGUCUCCACGUGUAUCUGCUGUGAACGCGACAUUGCCUCCCCGUGGUUCCAAAAGAAUUAUCACGCAGUCUCCACGCGCAUCUACCGAGAACGCGGUGUUGUCUCCACGUGUUUCCAAAGGAAAGAUCAACCAGUCCCCACGCGGGUCUGUCAAGAGCACAGCUUCGGCUUCAAGUAUUUCUAAAAGAAACAUCACGCAGUCUCCAAGUGCGACUACUGGGAACACCACAUUUUCUCCAAGUGGUUCGAAGCAAAAAAUCACUCCGUCUCCACGUGCAUCUACCGAGAACAUUGCUUUGUCUCCACGCGUUUCCAAAGAAAUAUCAUCGCGGUCUCCACGCACGUCCAACGAGAACGCAGCAUUAUCCCAUCGUGCUUCUGAAGAGAAAGUCGUGCAGUCUCCACGUGCGUCCACCGAGCACACCGUAAUGUCUCCGCGUGUUUCCAAGGGAAAAGUUACUCAAUCUCCCCGUAAUUCUGCGGAAAACGUAGCAUUAUCCUCACGAGCUUCCGUGGGAAAAGCUGCACAAUCUUUAGGUGUAGUCGGAGGAACAGAACUUUCUUCCCAUGCGUCCAAAGAAAAUUCUCUGGCGUCUUCUCCAGUUUCUUCAGAAAAGACAGCAGCAUCUUCUACAUCAACAGAAUUUGUUCAAUCAAUAGUGAGUGUUCUGAAUGACGACGGUGUGACACCUCCCAGUGCAUUAGACGAACAAACCGCGACUGCACAGCAUACAUCACAGGACAAAGUCAUUCCGUCCGUUACCAAACCUGAUGACGUAGUUUCCACUUUGCCCAAAACACCCAACAUUGUGCUCGGAACGCCUCCAAAUCAAUCUGCAAACUAUCUAGGUUCUCAGGAUGCGAUGAAAACGGAACCAACUGAGAUAUCUAAAACGCUUUUGAAAGGACCAUCGCAUUCUGGUGCAAUGCUGUUACAAGAUUCAACUUCUUCAGCUCAAAAGCUUGAGAAGGUAGUUGAAAGUGAUGGGAGCAAACUAUCUGUGAAGGAUACAGCACUAAUACCAGAUGUUUCCCAGCAACAAGAGAGUGACCGCCCUGAUGGGAACAAAGAUGAAACGGGUGGAGAAUCUAUGGAAGCGAAACACAUGGAGGUUGACAAUAGCCUAAAGGGAGCUGAUUAUAGCCUAGAGCGUCUUAUCCAGGACAAAAGAUUGACUCCUGAAGGAGCCGAAGCUGAUACACGCCCGGCAUCUACCGCUGACAUUGCAGCCUCAAGAAAGUACAUUGAUUCAACAGGGCCACAAAGAACCUUCCCUGCUCAACUAGACACUAAUAAGAGCGUGAAAUCUUCGCUGGUGGAAGCGCCUCCUUCCAUGGCAGAGUUGCCAAGAUCUUCUCGUGAAAAGGUAGCAUUGAAGGGAAGUGAUGUCGACGAAGAAAUCUUCCCUUCCAGGAAAAACCCUGAAGGUGAAGACCAAAGCGAGUUGGAGGGUGUUACGUCUGAUGAUGGGAUCCUUUGCGGGAAGAAAGGGGGAGAAAACAGGGGCACCUCAACGGAUGGCAAGCGGUUUCAGGGUCCUAGUACAAUCAAGAAAGAAGCAAACGAUUUUGAAGGCUACCCCACUUAUAGAAAAGUGAGCGUUUCACGAUCCAUCCACGAUACAGUUGAUGAUAUCGUACAAAGAAUGUUAGAUUCAGCUGACGAGCCUAAUUUAGAGCCAGAGAAUUCCCGUCCUUCGGGUUCGGACCCGCUUCAAGGGAUGAGGCGGGACAGCGAGAUGAACUUUGAGGCGCCGAGGAGGUUUGGAAGAGAGAGAAAGGUUUCUAGGACAGUGAUAGAAACUGUGGACUUCAUGGUUCAAACUGUUUCAUCUUCUGAUGAAGGGAGGCCACGCCAGAGUUCUGGAAGACAGUUCAACACAGGAACUACAAAUACUUUCCGCUCGAUUAAUAGCUCCAUCUCUAAAGGGCCUAAAGAUGCUAACCGGAAUUGUAUUUUAAUCAUCGAUUUUGUUUUUUUCACUUUCACAGGCAUUCCAAGGACGGCGUCCUCCAUAGAAAGACUCCCUAGGGGUACCACCACCUCAGCCCAAGACAUCUCCUGUGUCUACGGAAUCAACCCAUCACCUCCUGUGGGACCCCCGCCGAAGCUUUCUUCUCCCAAAAGGUCCCGUUUAAGGGCCACACCUUCCCAAGACGCUGUUGGGCUGCGAGCUACGCAGUCAGAUUCAAGCAUACUCAGUUCAUCCAGUGAUAAAGCCGCUGACCUCAGACCUAAGUUGUCUGCAGCAUGGCUUGAAGACGUCACCGCUGCAGGUGGAGACGCGUCUGUUAGGUCCCAAUCUCCAAAGAGACCUUCCUCGAGCCCAACUUCCUCGCAACUUAGACGCUCCUCGGUGAGGCUUUCGGUGAAGAAUUCCUUGGAUGGAGUUUGCCUUGAAACAGACGGUUCCCUGGGGAAAAUGAAUUAAAUUUCUAAACAAGAAUGUUUUAAUUAAAAUAACAAUUACUAUUUUGCGGGAGAUCUUCUGGAUUGAAUGAAUUGAUACACUAUCCAUGUAAAAGAAACUUGAUCGUCAAGUUACAUUGGUUCAUUUUUUGUUUUCAAAAAUAUUUUUU